UUUUUUUUUAAGUGCGGCUCUCAGCUGCCGAGGCGGAUGAUGAUGAUGGCGGAGCUGGUUCAGGGACAGGCCUCGGUGGCUCAGCCCGGAACGAAAGAUGACUUCGCAGACACGAUACGCCGGGUCCGACAGAUGACAGCCAAGAUGGGAGGAGACCAGAUGCCCAAUAUGAACAGUUCAUCUCCAGUCUUGGACCCCUCCAUGUAUGGCUUUGGAGGCCAGAAACGUUCACUAGACAAUGGAGUGGGGAACCAUCUCAGUGCAAUGGUACAUCAAAGGGCUUUUACAACAGAAGACUUCAAAGUGCCUGAUAAGAUGGUGGGAUUCAUCAUUGGAAAAGGAGGCGAGCAGAUCUCAAGAAUUCAGCAGGAAUCAGGUUGUAAGAUCCAGAUUGCUUCAGACAGUGGAGGCAUGCUGGACAGACCCUGCACGCUGACUGGCAGUCCAGAGAACAUAGAGCAGGCAAAGAGGCUUCUGUGCGAGAUUAUCGAGCAGUGUAGGUAUGGUCCAGGCUUCCACAAUGAGAUGGACGGGAACAGUUCCAUUCAGCAGAUCCUGAUCCCUGCAAACAAAGUCGGCCUGGUGAUUGGAAAAGGAGGAGAGACCAUUAAACAACUGCAGGAGAGAACAGGAGUGCAGAUGAUAAUGAUUCAGGAUGACCCCAUGCCCACUGGAGCAGACAAGCCCCUGAGAAUCACUGGGGAUCCCCACAAAGUGCAGCAAGCCCGUGAACUUGUGGUGAAGCUCAUCCGGGACAAAGACCAGGGGGACUACAGAGCUGGCAGGCCAGAUUUUGGCUCCAAAAUGGGUGGAAGCAGUCUAGACGUGGUUGUGCCUAGAUUUGCUGUUGGCAUCAUCAUUGGCAGGAAUGGCGAGAUGAUCAAGAAGAUUCAGAGUGACGCUGGGGUCAGGAUCCAGUUCAAGCAAGAUGACGGUAUCAGCCCCGACCGUGUAGCUCAGGUGAUGGGACAGCCCGACCACUGUCAUCAUGCGGUCCACCUCAUCAAUGAACUCGUUCAGACAGCUCAGGAGCGAGAUGGAUUUGGCGGCGUAAUGGGACGUCGAGGGCGAGGUGACUGUAACAUGGGAGGGCCUGGAGGUCUGCAAGAGAUGACAUAUGCAGUACCAGCUGAUAAGUGUGGCCUGGUGAUUGGCAAAGGUGGAGAAACCAUCAAGAACAUCAAAGAGCAGUCUCGUGCCCACGUGGAGCUGCAGAGAAACCCGCCGCCCAACACCGACCCCAACGUGCGCAUCUUCUCCAUCCGAGGCACCCCUCAGCAGAUGGAAAAGGCCCGCCAGCUGAUCAAUGAGAGAAUUGGGGGCCCAGGAAUCGGGGGGAACAGCACCUUCGGUAUGAAUCCCUACAACCAAGGACCAACCACUCCCCCGCAACAUGGGCCUCAGACAUUCAUGACUGGAGGAUGGGGGACAACUUUUCAGAUAUGGCAACCCCAAGGACAACAGGAUAACGGUCACAAUGGAUCCCAGACGGGCCAGAUGGACUGGGAGCAGUAUUACAAAAAGUUAGGUCAGCAAACCCAGGCCCAGAGUACUGUUCCUGAAUACAACAAAGGAUGGGGCCAGGCGGCUAGUCCUGGAUCUCAGCAGACCUCCAAUCCUGACUACAGCACCUGGGUUGACGUCUACAGACAGCCGAUGGCCUUCUUCAGCCAGGGCGCUCAGACGCAAGCCCCGGGUCUUCAGGAUCAUUAGAGAAGGCGCCCCGGUUAAAGACUUGAAUCACUGAGGAUGAAAACAACCCUUCUUCUUCUUCUUCUUCUUUCUUU